GGGUCGGCCGCGUCUCUUUGUUGGCGCUGAGGCGGCCGAGGCGCGGCGGGGCCGGGAGUGAGGGUGGGGGGCGGGCGGGAGCCUCCAGUUCACCGCCUCGCCAUGGACUCGGACGAGGGCUACAACUACGAGUUCGACGAGGACGAGGAGUGCAGUGAGGACAGCGGCGCGGAGGAGGACGACGAGGACGACGAAGAGGACGAGCCCGACGAUAACCUGGACCUGGGCGAGGUGGAGCUGGUGGAGCCCGGCCUGCGCGUCGGCGGCGAGCGGGACGGGCUGCUGGGCGGCGAGACGGGCGGGCUGGGCCCGGGCGGCGGCGGAGGGCUGGGCGGCGGGCCGGGCCCCGGCGGCGGCGGCGGCCCCGAGCAGGAGGAGGACUACCGCUACGAGGUGCUGACGGCAGAGCAGAUCCUGCAGCACAUGGUGGAGUGCAUCCGCGAGGUCAACGAAGUCAUCCAGAAUCCAGCGACUAUCACUCGAAUACUGCUUAGCCAUUUCAACUGGGAUAAAGAGAAGCUGAUGGAGAGGUACUUUGAUGGCAACUUGGAGAAGCUCUUUGCGGAGUGUCAUGUAAUUAAUCCGAGUAAAAAGUCUCGAACGCGCCAGAUGAACACAAGGUCAUCAGCUCAGGAUAUGCCUUGUCAGAUCUGCUAUCUGAACUACCCAAACUCGUACUUUACUGGCCUAGAGUGUGGACACAAGUUCUGUAUGCAGUGCUGGAGUGAAUAUUUAACUACCAAAAUAAUGGAGGAAGGCAUGGGACAGACCAUUUCAUGCCCUGCUCAUGGCUGUGAUAUCUUAGUUGAUGAUAACACAGUUAUGCGUCUGAUCACAGAUUCGAAAGUGAAAUUAAAGUACCAGCAUUUAAUAACAAAUAGUUUUGUAGAGUGUAAUCGGCUGUUAAAAUGGUGUCCUGCCCCAGACUGCCACCAUGUUGUUAAAGUCCAAUAUCCUGAUGCUAAACCUGUUCGAUGCAAAUGUGGACGUCAGUUCUGCUUUAACUGUGGUGAAAACUGGCACGAUCCUGUUAAAUGCAAGUGGCUAAAGAAAUGGAUUAAGAAGUGUGAUGAUGACAGUGAAACCUCUAAUUGGAUUGCAGCAAACACAAAGGAAUGCCCAAAAUGCCACGUCACCAUUGAGAAGGACGGGGGCUGCAACCACAUGGUCUGUCGGAACCAGAACUGCAAAGCUGAGUUCUGCUGGGUGUGUUUGGGCCCCUGGGAGCCUCAUGGAUCUGCCUGGUACAACUGCAAUCGUUACAACGAGGAUGAUGCAAAGGCAGCAAGGGAUGCGCAGGAGAGAUCCAGAGCAGCCCUGCAGAGGUACCUGUUCUACUGCAACCGCUAUAUGAACCACAUGCAGAGCCUGCGCUUUGAGCACAAGCUCUAUGCUCAGGUGAAGCAGAAGAUGGAGGAAAUGCAGCAGCACAACAUGUCGUGGAUUGAGGUGCAGUUCCUGAAGAAAGCAGUCGACGUCCUCUGCCAGUGUCGUGCCACACUCAUGUACACUUACGUCUUUGCCUUCUACCUCAAAAAGAAUAAUCAGUCCAUUAUCUUUGAGAAUAACCAAGCAGAUUUAGAGAAUGCUACAGAGGUGCUUUCUGGGUACCUUGAGCGAGAUAUCUCCCAAGAUUCGCUGCAAGACAUAAAGCAGAAAGUACAGGAUAAGUACAGAUACUGCGAGAGUCGACGAAGGGUUUUGUUGCAGCACGUGCAUGAAGGCUACGAGAAGGACCUGUGGGAGUACAUUGAGGACUGAGAGUGGCCCCGCAUUAAACGAACUCUGAAACUUUUACCAUCUAGAGCGCUCAUGCGAUUAAAAAAACACACACAAGGCACUGCGCCUGUUACACCGCUGGUCUGUAGAACCGGGAUUCUGUUUUGUUAACGGAAAAUUUAAGUAAAUUAUAUUGUAAUAAAAAAAAAA